UAAAAGAAUUGUGGAAAUCCAUGAAACAAGAGUCAUCAAAUAAUUAACAUGAAUGAUAUUAAAGUGAGCAUGAGUUGGACUCCCCAUAUCAUAAUGCCCACAAUUACCCACGAAUCCAAACAUUCAUUACGUAAAAGCAAAACCCAAAAGUCAGAAAAACAAAACAAAACAAAUAAAAGUUAACCCAUUUUCCCUUUACCAAACAAAUCUAAAGCAAAUCAAAUUACAAGAGAAAUUAUGGUGAUGAUGAUGAGUUGGAGAUUGAGGGUUUAUUCCUUCUUCCGAAACCAAAGGAAUCAUAUCCUUCAAAAGAAUCUCAUUUCAUCACGCCCUAACCUUAACAAACAUUUCAUAAAAACCUCUUAACCUUUCUCUCUCUCUCUCUCUCCCCCAAGACUCAGUCUUCACUCUCACUUCUCUAUUCCCAAAAAUCUGUUUUUUCAAGCCAUGAACUUGCAACAACACCAACAACGUCUCUUUCAUUUCUACAUUGUCUCAUCGUCCAUACAUAUUUGAAAGGAGGAAAAAGAAAAGGAAGGAAGGAACACUAGUAAUGGAUUUUCAAGAAGCUAUGGUGAGGCUUAUUGUACAUAAUAAUAAGCCUGCGCAGAAAGGAAAAGGGAAAGGAAAAGGAAAAGGAAAAGGAUCAAAAGGGUCAUCAGUUUUUGAUAAAGAUGAUAAACAAAUUGAUCAAAAGCAGCACCAACCCAAAUGGAAAGUUGUUUCCUUUCGCAGAUCUUCAUCAACGAAACCACAACUCAACCCUAAACUAGAAAUCCCAAUAGAGUUUCUUUGUCCAAUUUCUAAUAUUCUCAUGAAUGAUCCUGUUAUUGUUUCCUCUGGCCAUACUUUCGAACGUUCUAGUGUUCAAGCUUGCAAUACGCUUGGUUUUAUACCCACUUUAACAACGAAUACUACAGUUCCUGAUUUCUCUGCUGUUAUACCCAAUUUAGCUCUCAAAUCUGCCAUCAUCAACUGGUGCAAUAAGCACUCUCUUGAGCCACCAAAACCUAUUGAUUUUUUCUCUGCAGAGAGGAUUGUUCGUGCAAAAAUGGAGGAGGACGCUAGGUUACAACAUAAGAAAAUAAGCGAAGAGCAACAAGAGAAAGAAGCACAUUCAUUGAAUUUGACUCAUUUCUCUUCGAGUUCAAUUGAAUCAAUCGAGUCCGCACGUGUAUUACAGUCCACAACUCGACCCAGUUGCUACUACUCUUCUGGUUCUUCUUCUUCAUCAGAGAUUGAAACCCAAAACAUUAAUGAAGAAGAAGGAGAGAUCAUUACAAAACUGAGAAGCCCACAAGUGUUUGAGAUUGAAGAAACACUUAUUUCAAUAAGAAAGAUGACGAGAACAAAAGAAGAUACAAGAAUCCAUCUUUGUACUCCAAGAUUACUAUCAGCACUGCGUUCUUUGGUCACUUCAAGGUACACUAACAUCCAAGUUAAUUCAGUGGCAUGUUUGGUUAAUCUGUCAUUAGAGAAAUCAAACAAAGUUAAGAUUGUAAGGUCAGGGCUUGUUCCUUUAUUAAUUGAUGUAUUAAAAGGAGGUUUUCCUGAUGCACAAGAACAUGCUUGUGGUGCUAUCUUUAGUUUAGCUCUUGAUGAUCAUAACAAGACUGCAAUUGGAGUUUUGGGUGCUUUGCCUCCACUCCUACAUUUGUUAAGAUCAAAUAGUGAGGGGACUCGGCACGACUCGGCCUUAGCACUGUAUCACCUCUCACUCGUUCAAAGUAAUAGGACUAAGCUUGUUAAACUCGGGGCGGUCCCAAUACUUUUGGGUAUGAUCAAGUCGGGUCAUAUGAGAAGUCGGGUUUUGCUUAUUUUAUGUAACUUGGCUUCGUGUUUGGACGGACGGGCUGCAAUGUUGGAUUCGGGUGGGGUGCAUCUUUUGGUGGGUAUGUUAAAGGAGAGUGAGUUGGAAUCCGCGUCAACUCGGGAGAGUUGUGUCUCCGUGCUGUAUGCGCUGAGUCAAAGCGGUUUGAGGUUUAAAGGGUUGGCAAAGGCUGCAGGGGCGGUGGACGUGUUAAUACAACUGGAGAAUUCAGGAAGGGAACAAAACAGGGAAAAGGCAAGAAAAAUGUUGCAAAUGAUUAAUGGGAGAGAAGAGGAAGAGGAGGAGGAAGAGGUGGAUUGGGAGGAACUGCUCAACUCCGGAUCAAAAUCGAUAACUCAGUGUCGAUUCAGCAGUCGGAAGGACGAGUCAAGUGAAAAAAUAUCCGAGUUACAAGUAUGAGUGGAGUUCUUGUUUUUGGGUUUUGGUUAAUUAUUUGGUUCCUUUCGGGUUUUGGAUGUGGGAGCCAUUUUUUGGUUGGGCACUUACAUUUUGGGGGUCCUUUUUUUCUUUUCAUAAUUCCUAUCAAAAGGUGAUGGGCAUAAAAAGGUGUAAAUAAUGUUGAAGCUUGAUUCUGAUGAAAAUUAGAGAAAUGUUCAAUAAGAUAUUUUUUUCUUUUUGUUUUU